AUGGCUUUUUCCGCAAAUUGUUUUGUCAUCGUUUCUUUGUUAGUUCUCUUACAAUUUCUCAUUGUCUCUGCUUCAACAAAACCCAUCGACUCCAUCUGCCAAGGGCAAGGGGUCACCGACCAUGCCUAUUGCUUCAAAACCUUGAGCGCAUAUCCUCCUGCCUUGCAAGCAACUGAGGCCGCGCUCAGCCUCGCCAAAUCCUAUACCGAGGAGCCAAUAAAAUUCACCGGAAAAGCGGCACAGGAGAAUCCGAGAUUAAAGAAGGAUUUCCUGACUUGUCAGCAUUCCUACCAGACUACUGAAAAGCAACUCGGCAUCGCUAUCGAUAGUCUCAAGAAUUACCCAGAGGAGUCACUCUAUUCUUGUCAGCUUACCUGGGAAGAGAUGUCGGUCGUGAAGUAUACUGUCGGGAAAAAUGAAGAUGAGGCUUCCAAGACUCUCAUGAAGAUGACACUGAUGGUGUUCAAAAUUAUUCCUAUCAUCGUUGAAGCCACCCGAGCUGUUACUUUGGCAAGCCAAUGA